GAUGAUGCUGCUGCAGCCGCUCUGGUCUGUCCUCCUGGGACAUGCCUCCAUUCUGCACUCACCUGUCUUCCCCGUCCUCUUCUCUCUGUCUGUCUACCUGUCUUUCUGUCUUCCCUUCCUGCUGCUGGACCUGUUGUCCUCCAGGUGGGCCCUGGUGCGCAGGUACAAGCUGCAGCCGGAGAGCUCCGUCAGCUGGGCCUCAGUGCGGAGCUGCUUGAAGCUAACGCUCUAUAACCACCUGGUUUUUAUUUUGCCGCUUACCGUGCUGCACUCCUACCUGCGGCCCCUCCCCCUGCCCGAGGAGGCCCCGCCCUUCCCCCGGCUGCUAGCUCAGGUGUUUGUCUGUCUGCUGCUCUUCGACUUCCAGAGCUUCACCUGGCACCUGCUGCAUCACAAGGUCACCUGGUUGUACCGCAGCUUCCACAAGGUGCACCACACCUUCAGCUCCACUUCUGCCCUCACCGCAGAGUUCUCCGGCGCCUGGGAGACUCUUAGUCUCGGCGUCUUCGCCGCUGCCACUCCGGCCCUGCUGAGCUGCCACCCGCUCACCGAGCUGAUGUUCUUCCUGGUCAACAUGUGGCUGUCGGUGGAGGACCACUGCGGCUACGACCUGCCCUGGGCCACGCACCGCCUGGUGCCGCUGGGGCUGUACGGAGGCGCUCGCCACCACAACCUCCACCACCUCAAGUCCAAGUGCAACUACGCCCCCUACUUCACACACUGGGACCUUCUGGCAGGGACGCUGUGCACGGGAGACUGACCCACUCCUGAGGAAGAUGAACUGAUGAAGAUGAACUGAUGGAGAUGAACUGAGGAAGAUGAACUGAUGAAGAUGAACUGAUGGAGAUGAACUGAUGGAGAUGAACUGAUGGAGAUGAACUGAUGGAGAUGAACUGAUGGAGAUGAACUGAUGGAGAUGAACUGAUGAAGAUGAACUGAUGGAGAUGAACUGAUGGAGAUGAACUGAUGGAGAUGAACUGAUGGAGAUGAACUGAUAGAGAUGAACUGAUGGAGAUGAACUGAGGAAGAUGAACUGAUGAAGAUGAACUGAUGGAGAUGAACUGAUGGAGAUGAACUGAUGGAGAUGAACUGAUGGAGAUGAACUGAUAGAGAUGAACUGAUGGAGAUGAACUGAUGGAGAUGAACUGAUGAAGAUGAACUGAUGGAGAUGAACUGAUGAAGAUGAACUGAUGGAGAUGAACUGAGGAAGAUGAACUGAUGAAGAUGAACUGAUGGAGAUGAACUGAUGGAGAUGAACUGAUGGAGAUGAACUGAUGGAGAUGAACUGAUAGAGAUGAACUGAUGGAGAUGAACUGAUGGAGAUGAACUGAUGGAGAUGAACUGAUGGAGAUGAACUGAUGAAGAUGAACUGAUGGAGACGUUGGUCAACGCCUUGACCUGAAGUUUUUUAUAUCAAUGUUUUAAAAACAGAAUCUGAAGUCCCUGUUUUUGAAUUUCCAAACGUUUAGUGUGAAUUAUUUAAUAAUAUUUUGUUUGUGACAGAUAAUAGUUCAUAUUGAACAAAUGUAUUUAAUGUUUUGACUGACAUUUUUUUAUUCGUUUUUAUAAAAUAUUAUUGAUUUGAAUAUUAAUUAUGUUUUUAACAAACGAAGGUUCAAAUUUUGAUGUGAAAAAAGUUUUCGGGUAAAAUAAAAUGCGAAAACUGUUUUUGUGAAGUGAUCAGAAUAAAGUUUAAUAACAAAACUAA